GAAGUGCCAGACGCCGCGGCCUGUGGUUGGGAGUUGCUGGAGUCGGUGCCCGGCGCUCAAGGUUCCCCGGACCGCGGGCGGCGGAGCAGGCCGGGGGCAGCGGGGUUGGCUUUAGGACGAGCGGCUUUGAACCUCUGCGCCCGUCUCCGCCGGCAGGUGCGGCCUCCAGGCCUGUCGCUGGGUGCCCGGGGCUGCGAGUGCGGGGACCGCCCUGAGGUCCCUUCCCGAGCGACCCCCGGGACCUCGUCCAGGGCCUCCCAGGAAAGAAGGGUCUAAAAUAGAGAAAGUUGCUAACCCUUAUUGAGAGGACUAGGCUCUCUUACCUUCGAGGGUCGCUUAACCCGCACUUGGACCGUGAGAGAGAUACCAUUGUGUAGUUUGAAUCAGGAAUGAAAUCUUCUGAAAGCUGAGAGCAGAAGCCUUCUUGGUCAACAUGGAGGACAAAAGACGGCGAGCCCGAGUGCAGGGAGCCUGGGCUGGCCCUGCUAAGAGCCAGGCCAUUGCUCAGCCAGCUCCCACUGCUGAGAACCAUCUCCAACAGAGACCUGGUCAAACCUGGAUGAACAAGGAGCAUCGUCUGUCUGACAGACAGUUUGUGUUCAGAGAACCCCAGGAGGUGGUACGCAGAGCCCCAGAGCCACGAGUGAUCGAUAAAGAGGGUGUGUAUGAAAUCAGCCUGUCACCCACAGGCAUAUCUAGGGUGUGUUUGUAUCCUGGCUUUGUUGACUUAAAAGAAGCCGACUCAGUAUUUGAACAGCUUUGUCAGGAUGUUCCCUGGAAACAGAGGACUGGCAUCAGAGAGGAUGUAACUUACCAGCAACCAAGACUUACAGCAUGGUAUGGAGAACUUCCUUACACUUAUUCAAGACUCACUUUGGAACCAAAUCCUCACUGGCAUCCUGUGCUGCUCGUGCUGAAGAACCAAAUUGAAGAGAACACUGGCCACACCUUCAACUCCUUGCUCUGCAAUCUCUACCGAAAUGAGAAGGACGGCGUGGACUGGCAUAGUGAUGACGAACCUUCGCUGGGGAGGUGCCCCGUCAUUGCUUCACUCAGUUUUGGUGCCACACGCAUGUUUGAGAUGAGAAAGAAGCCCCCACCAGAAGAGCAUGGAGACUACACAUAUGUGGACAGAGUGAAGAUACCCUUGGAUCACGGGACCUUGUUACUCAUGGAAGGAGCCACCCAAGCAGACUGGCAGCAUCGAGUGCCCAAGGAGUACCACUCUAGAGAACCAAGAAUAAACUUGACCUUUCGGACAGUUUAUCCUGACCCUUGAGGGGCGCACUGGUGAUGUGAGGUCUUGGAGAGGGAAGCUGUGCUGAGACUGAGCAAACCUUCCACCAUGAAGAAACUUCCGGAGACUGGUCCAGCUGCUCUCAUGGCGUGGCUGUUUGGAAGAUGAGGAUGGGAUUUGCUUCCCAGCUUGGAGUCCUGUUAAAUGACAGCCUGCAGUUCAUGUUUGUAAUAUGUUUACUGUGGGAACAGUAAUCCCUAAUCAUGUUUUGAAAUCACAUAUUUUCUUUAGGCAAAUUAAAAACUGCUGUGGCUGUGUUCACAGA